GAAAAAGUGUAUCAUAUGCUCAACUAUUGGUCAAUCUAUAUAAGAAAAUUUUAUUCAAGUUUUAUGUUUUUAAUUAUUUUUAUUUGAAUUGUAUAUUUUUAUAUAGUUGUUAGCAAAUUAACUCAAAAUGCCGAUCUCGUGUCGAUAUUAUAAGGAUAAGUUUCCGGAGGUUGAAGAUGUUGUCAUGGUGAAUGUACGAUCCAUCGCAGAGAUGGGAGCUUACGUUAAAUUGCUUGAAUACAAUAACAUUGAAGGAAUGAUAUUGCUUAGUGAAUUGUCAAGACGUCGUAUUCGAUCUAUCAAUAAGUUGAUUCGUGUCGGUCGUGAUGAAUGUGUCGUUGUUAUAAGAGUAGAUAAAGAAAAAGGUUACAUUGAUUUAUCAAAAAGAAGAGUUUCACAAGAAGAAGCAAAAAAAUGUGAAAAUAAGUAUUCAAAAGCAAAAUGUGUUUACAGCAUUCUUCGUCAUACUGCUGAACUUCUAGGUUUUCAGACUGAUGAAGAUUUUGAAGAUUUAUUUGACCGAACAGCCUGGGCGUUGGAUACAAAAUAUAAGAGACCAACUGAAAAAUAUCCCGCUUCAUAUGAUCUAUUUAAGAGAGCUAUAGAUGAACCACAAGUUCUUGAUGAACUCCAAUUAUCAGAAGAAGAGAAAUCAGUUUUGAUGAAAAAUAUUAGGAGAAGGUUGACUCCGCAGGCAAUGAAAAUUCGAUCAGAUGUUGAAGUAUCUUGCUAUACAUAUGAAGGAGUAGAUGCAGUGAAAAAUGCUCUUUUGAAAGGAAUUGAUUGUUCUACUGAAGAACAUAAAAUCAAAAUCAAUUUGAUUGCUCCACCUGUCUAUGUGCUGACAACCCAAUCUUUGGAUCGACAAGUAGGUCUGAAUGCAUUGCAAGAUUGCUUGAAUGAGAUUGAGAAAACUAUAAAAGAAUCGGGUGGCAAUUUCAAAGUUAAAAUGGAGCCUAAAGUAGUAACUGAUAUGGAUGACGCUGAGCUUCAAAAGGAACUUGAAAAAUUAGCUUUAAUGAAUGAAGAAGUUGACGGCGAUGAUGAACCAGAUGAAUAUGAUGACUGAUACAUUCAUGAAUAACAGUCCCACUCUGUUCACAUGAUACUUGCAUACAUAUUAGGCUGGUGGGUUUCAGAGUUUAACUUUAUUUCCACAAUCUCAUCUGAUACGUACAAAGAAAAGGAAAGUUGUAAAAGAGUAUUGAAUUAUGUAAAUACACAAAUACAGCAUUGUAAAAUUUGCUGAUUUAAAUAGUGAGUCUAAAAUUGUGGUCCUAACUUGUAUUGCUGCUGUAAUUUUGCUUUUAAAGUACUUCAAAAUUGUUGCGUUUAUUCAUCAGUAUAGGCAAUCAUGUUGAGGUAAUCUGUUCGUAUUGUUUAUAAAUUUGGUUGCCGGAUAUUUAAUUAUUUUUGAGACAUUGUUGGAACUAAAAGAUAUUCUCUAACAAUGGUGUGAUACAAGGAAGAUCCUGCGAAUUUGUGUUAAUUUCAUCCGGUGUUUGAGUGAUAAUAUGGUUUUGUUUCUGACUGGAAUCUAAGAUGUCGGUAUUGCUUGAUAGUAACAGAAUAAAAAACAAAUGUAAAUGCACUU